AUGGAGCAACGCCGCGAAUACCGCACCGGAAAGUUUGCUCAAGUUCGCCGAAAUGCCUACAAGUGGUGCAGUAUGUUCGCAGUGAGCAAACGCCUGGGCAACCGACUCGCCUACACUUACCUCUUCAUCAAGCUACUUUACGUGUUCAAUGCCAUUUCCCAGCUCUUCCUGAUGCAGGCUUUUUUGGGUCUUCGUAAUAAUAGCAACUAUACCAUAUUCGGAGUGGCUGUGCUCAAUAAUAUGCUUUCGGGACACGACUGGCAAACAACGAUGAUUUUUCCACGUGUCUGCUUCUGCCGAGCUCCUCUACUGCAUUUGAGUGGUUGGAACAAUAUAGUUACACAAUGUGUGCUUCCUGUAAACAUGCUCAACGAGCGCAUCUUCGUAUUUCUAUGGUUUUGGAUCCUUUUGGCCGCCAUUAUCACCACCAUCAGCGUGCCCAUUUGGUUCUUCAGAAUCCAUUACGAGAAGUCGCGAACCAGCUUCGUGAAGCGUUUCCUUAAGCUUGGUGAACAGCUGACCAAGAAAGAUAAAUGCAUGGUUGAAAAGUUCUCGCGUCAAUUUUUGCGUCACGAUGGCGUUUUCUUAUUACGCAUGAUUUCAAUGAACGCAGGUGAGCUAGUCGCCUCUGAGAUUGUCUGCCAGCUUUGGACCAUCUACAAGCUAAAAUACUACAACCGUGACUUUUCAAACGACCAUCACGACUUUUCUGAUCUAGGCCAUGUGUCUACUGUUCGCCUUGAGGAUGGGGGCACUAGUAUGAUUAGUAAAUCUGGUGGGCCUAAUUCUACUCUCAUCCAACGCUACGCUUCACAACCCACUCCCAGUGCUCCGAUAGGGGACGAUGAUGCAGCCAGUUGUAGAAAACUAUGA